AUGGCGCAAACACCCCAGCAGCGACGGGCGAACCUCAAGUUCGCCAAGGAGCAGGAGGCGAAGAUGGGCAAGUCCACCGAGGAGAUCAAGAAGAUGACCAAGAAGGAGACGGCCAAGGCCCCCAUCUCCCCCAUCUGGCUCGGCCUCCUCGCCUUCGUCGUUUUUGGCGGAAUAAUAUUCGAGGUCCUCUCGCGCAUCUUCUUCGGCGGACGAUAG